AUUUUUGUUAUUCUAUCCAUAUUUUUGCUACAACCUAGCUAAUAUAAGAAUAUAUAAAAUACAGAGCAGAUAAUUAGAUCUAAUUUUAUAUAUAUAUUUUUAAGAUAAAAUAGAAACUUUUUAAAAUGGUUGAAAUUAUAAUCAGCAGUACAGGCGUUAGAAAUAAGCAUUUUAGCAAUUUUGAAGAUAGUGAACUCUCUAUCACUUCAGCUCUUGAAAGUUCUGGUGCAUACAAAAAUAAUAUUUACUAUCAUAAAAACAGGAAUGUCGAUAUUGAUAAAAAUGGAAACAAUGAAAUGAAAGGUAAUACAAUGAUAGAUAAUCAUAGUUCUGCUGACAGAACUCCGAAAGGUGAUAUUAAUAAAGAUUGUAAAGAAACUAAAAAAUAUUUUGAUCGUACAAUUAAGAACCAUGAAUCAUAUCUUUUUCCAGAUUCUCCAGAUUAUUUGAAUGAAGAUCACAAAUUACAAGAAGCAAAUAAUCAUGGGCCCGGUUAUACCAAUACUCCAGACAAUUUUAUUAAUAAAACUCCAAAUUUAAAUGAAAAUUUCUACCAUUUCAAUAAUAGUAACGAUUAUAGUGGCCUAAAUAGAUUUGAUAGUUAUAAUAAUUCAUAUUAUGAUUAUGGUGAACAAUGUUUUAGUAAUGAUAAAUUCUUCAAUGUGAACUUCUCCAAUAUAAUCAAUCCAUUUGAUAUGACAUUGAAUCAACUUUUCGCCUUUGCUAACAAUAGCGAUGAGUGUGAUCAAAAACCAACUAAAGAGGAUCUAAAAUGUUUUGCACAAAAUCUUUACGAAGCCGAGAUGAAUCUUUCGGGCUCUGGAUAUGAUGAUGAUGAAGACCCAGAAGAAUAUGAAUAUGAUUUUGAAUAUGAGAAGAAAAAAGAAAAGGUUCAAUCAUCAACAAUCAACAGGAAAAGACAGAAUGAAGACGAGGAAGUCGUUUCAAUAAAAGCCAAAAAAUCUAGAAAGAUCUAAUAGUAAUAGACACCAACUGCAUUAUGCUUCUUAUAUUGCACUGGGAAGAUGUCUGUAUCCUGUCCCCAUUAAUUAUCUCUUUAUAGGUUUAUCUCACUGUAUAAGUUUCAUAAACGUUUACUGAAGUAUUC